GCCCCACUUCCCACGCAGGCGGGGACUGGUCCCGCCGGGUCGGGUGGCGGGAAAAGCUGCGGCCCGGGGCCUGAGGGGCGCUGGCUCCGCGGGGAUCCUGAGGACCGGCGGCGAGCGGGCCUCAUCAUUUCUGUGUCCUGUCUCCACCUACCUUAUAUCUAUCUCUCUUAGCUGGUCCACUGGUGUAUGGACUUGAACAUGAUGAAUUGUGAACUUCUAGCCACAUGUAGUGCCCUUGGGUACUUAGAAGGAGACACUUACCACAAGGAACCAGAUUGCUUAGAGAGUGUGAAGGAUUUGAUCCGCUACUUGAGGCACGAGGAUGAUACUCGGGAUGUACGGCAGCAGCUGGGGGCAGCCCAGAUCCUGCAGAGUGACCUUCUGCCCAUCCUCAUCCAGCACCGCCGGGACAAGCCUCUUUUUGAUGCUGUUAUCAGGCUGAUGGUGAACUUGACACAACCAGCCUUGCUCUGUUUUGGCAGCGUGCCCAAGGAGCCUAGCUUCCGGCACCAUUUUCUGCAGGUGCUAGCGUACUUGCAGGCCUACAAAGAGGCCUUUGCCAGUGAGAAGGCUUUUGGAGUCCUCAGUGAAACUUUGUAUGAGCUGCUGCAGCUGGGCUGGGAGGAACGGCAGGAGGAAGACAACUUACUGAUUGAACGGAUCCUGCUGCUGGUCAGAAAUAUUCUCCAUGUUCCAACUGACCUUGAUCAGGAGAAGAGGAUUGACGAUGACGCCAGCGUCCAUGACCAGCUUCUCUGGGCAGUUCACCUCAGUGGCCUGGAUGACCUGCUUCUCUUUCUGGCCAGCUCGCCCGCUGAGCAACAGUGGAGCCUGCAUGUGCUAGAGAUUGUCUCCCUUAUGUUUCGUGACCAGGUGAGAACCUGGCUAUUUCCCUAUGUGAACAAACGAAAGAAGAGAAAGAAGAAAAAGAAGGUCCUAGAUUGGCCUGUAGCUCCUGGUAAUGUCCCCUCUAGUGCAGGGGAGCUGGAGGCUGUGUGGCCAUCCCUGGCUGAGCAGCUCCAGUGCUGUGCCCAGGAUCCGGAGCUCAGUUUGGACUCCGUGGUUCCCUUUGACGCGGCCUCAGAGGUGCCAGUGGAAGAGCAGCGGGCAGAAGCCAUGGUGCAGAUCCAAGACUGUCUCCUGGCUGGCCAGGCCCCGCAGGCCCUGACCCUCCUUAGGUCUGCCCGGGAGGUGUGGCCAGAAGGAGAUGUGUUUGGCUCUCAAGACAUUUCCGCAGAGGAAGAGCUCCAGCUGCUGAAACAAAUCCUCUGUGCCCCGCUUCCCCGGCAGCAGGGGCCAGAGGACCGAGGGCCAGAGGAGGAGGAGGAGGAGGAAGAGGAGGAGGAGGUGCAAGCGGUCCGGGUGUCCGAGAAGGAAUUUAAUUUUCUGGACUACCUGAAACGUUUCGCAAGCUCCACUGUGGUGCGAGCCUACGUGCUGCUGCUGCGGGGCUACCGACAGAACGGCGCCCACACAAACCACUGCAUUGUCAAGAUGCUGCACCGCUUGGCCCAUGACCUCAAAAUGGACGCCCUGCUCUUCCAGCUCUCCCUCUUCUGCCUCUUCAACCGUCUGCUUAGUGACCCGGCCGCGGGGGCCUACACAGAGCUGGUGACUUUUGCCAAGUACAUCCUGGGCAAGUUCUUCGCGUUGGCUGCAGUCAACCAGAAAGCCUUUGUGGAGCUGCUGUUCUGGAAGAACACAGCUGUGGUUCGAGAGAUGGCCGAGGGCUAUGGCUCUCUGGACGGCGGAUCUUCCAGUCGCAAACCCCCUAUAUGGACCCCAGAGGAGGAGGCCCAGCUUCAGGAAUUGUACCUUGCCCAUAAGGAUGUGGAAGGUCAGGAUGUGGUGGACGUCAUCUUGGCCCACCUGAAAACCCCUCGAACACGCAAGCAGGUCAUCCACCAGCUGGUACGGCUGGGACUGGCUGACAGUGUCAAGGAGUUCCAAAGGAAAGGAACCCAUAUUGUGCUGUGGACGGAAGACCAGGAGCUAGAGCUGCAGCGGCUUUUUGAGGAGUUCCAGGACUCCGACGAUGUGCUGGGUCAUAUCAUGAAGAAUAUCACAGCCAGGCGCUCACGGGCCCGCAUAGUGGACAAGCUGCUGGCUCUGGGACUGGUGGCUGAGCGGCGGGAGCUCUAUAAGAAACGCCGCAAGAAGUUAGCACCCUCAAGCUCGCCUAAGGGAGAGGAGUCCCGAAAAGAUUUUUGCCAGGAAGAUCUGGAAGAAGAAGAAAACCUGCCAGAGGAAGAGAGUGAUGAGGACGAAGAGAAAGAGGAGGACUCGGAAGCAGAUAAAGCCGAGCGUAGCCCAGUCCUUUCAGCGGAGACCCUUGGGCAAAGCCUGUCUCAGGAAGGCUUCUCUGCUCCCCUUCUGUGGCUCCAGAGCUGCCUGAUGCGAGUAGCGGACGAUCGAGAAGAGGAUGGCUGCUCCCAGCCAGUGCCUUUGGUGCCGCUGACGGAAGAAAAUGAGGAAGCGAUGGAAAAUGAGCAGUUCCAACAGCUAUUGCGCAAGCUAGGGGUUCGGCCUCCUGCCUCUGGGCAGGAAACCUUCUGGAGAAUUCCAGCCAAGCUGAGUCCUACCCAGCUCCGGAGGGUGGCAGCUUCCUUGAGUCAGCCAGAGGAAGAACUUCAGCCAGGACCAGAACCCAAAGUCCCCGGAGAGCAGGGCCCUGAAGAGGAGCACAAAAAGGAGCACCGCUCACAGGCCCGGAGGGCCCUCGUGUUAGCGCAAAAAGAGAAAGCUGGCCUGGUGUCCCCAGAGGAGGAGGGGGCUGCUGGUGAGAAAGAACAGCUAAAAAUGGCACCCAGGAAGCGACAACUGCUAGACAGCGAUGAGGAACAGGAGGAAGACGAGGGCAGGAGCAAAGCCCCAGAGUCCAGAGCUCCAGAAAUCCAAAAGAAGAAACGGUUCCAGAUUGAGGAUGAAGAUGAGAGCGACUAAAGAGCCAGAAGUUUCGGGGAAGGGGUAGACCGUUUUUAGGUGGGGAAUUUAAGUCAGAGUUCAGUGGGUCACACAGGACCCAGAAACUCCUCUUACCAGACAGAAGCAGUAGAGGCCUGGGGUUCAGGAAGUUCAGGCAACGGCAUUGGACUCCUCUGCAAUCACUCCUUGCUUCUCCCAGUUUUAGCAGUAUGCCUCAGUAGCUCUCCGGGGAUUUACCCCUCUUCUUCUAGGAUCCAUUUCUUUGGGUUAGUUGCGCCCCUUACCAAAUGGGAGAAGUGAGCGACAUAUAGAAGGCACCUUGGACCCCUUUUGGCUUUCUGCUAGAGAUGGGUCACAGCACUGGAUGGGGAGCUUUGUGGCUUGAUGGGUGGGGGUGUUGCACCGUUUUUAAAAGGCACCAGAUAACUCCCAUCCUCGUUUCUUUCCCGUGAUCACCUGCUAGACACCAGACUGAACCUAAUUCCUGCAGUUGAGGUAGGGUUAGGACGCAGUACUCUCUAGAUAAUGAAUGUGUUUGGUGUUAAAUUCAACGUGUUUAAUUAAAUUAAAAGUUGCCAGUGUGGAUCUGACAUGCCAAUCUGUCUAACUACCCCAGCCUUCCACCUGCUAUAUUCUUAGAAGAAGAACUUUUAACUCUUCAGGUUCAAAGAAACCAUCACCCGUCGCUUUUCUCCUGCCUUCCCCACAGAAGACACGAAAACAUUCUCCCCUUCCAGACCCUUUGUCUAGGAUCAAUUUUGAAGGUGACGGGUGUAUGCAGCAGGAAGAAGCAGGAGCCACAAAAGGAGCAGAAGCCAGUUCGCCAGCUUGGGGCGGAGUGGAGGGUAAAGUCUGGGCCAGAAAGAGAUGGAUAAAAAUUACAAAUGUCACGUCC